AUGGAGUCAUCUCUACCAAACAGCCUGGAGAUCAGGGAGGUGGAUGAUGGGGAGGAGGGCGUGUUUGUCCUGCGGCGGCUGGUCAAGAGGACCCGGUUUGGCCCCUUUGAGGCUAAGAGGGUCCCCCACCUGGAGAAGGAAGGAGCGUUUCCUCUGAAGAUCUUCCAGAGGGACAGCCUGGUGGUGUGUUUUGACUCCAGCUGCGAAGAAGACUGCAACUGGAUGAUGCUGGUGCGUCCUGCGGCCGACCACAAACACCAGAAUCUGACGGCCUACCAGCAGGACGAUGACGUGUACUUCAACACCUCCCAGGAUGUGCUUCCGGGCACAGAGCUGAGGGUCUGGUACGGAGCUUUCUACGCCAAGAAGAUGGAGAAGCCCAUGCUGAAGCCUCCACUUCAGCCACUUUCACAAGAUGUGACGUCUUCAUCUGAUAACACAGAGACCUCGGAGAAAACUGGAGCUCACGUGCCGUCAGUGGCUGAAGAGCCCAACACAGGCAACACGCUGAGUCACCUCGACAAGGUGAACACAGUAAGUGAGCUUCCGGACGACCCGCACCUGCCCCAAGAAGAGAGCCUGGUGGGCCCUGAUGAGGAGGAAGCCCGGCCACCCGCUGCUCAGCGGGGCCCCAAGCUGGGCCGCAGAGGAAGGAGAACUAAGGGACGCAGGCCCGGGGCAGGCAAAAACAAAGAUUUGAAGCCCCCGGUGGAAACGUCCGAGCCGGUGGCCUCUGAGGCAGCGGCAGCAGCAGAGCGUGCUCCGGAGAGUGCAGCUGUGCUGAAGAGACACAAAGUCAGAGAGCACAAGAGGGUGUACCGCUGCUCCCUCUGCAAUAAGGUCUUCCAGAACAGCAGCAACCUCAACAGACACAUCCGAUCUCAUG